GAAAAUCUAGAUUUUGACACCACGGCCAUUAGGGUUUAUGGUUUGUGGCAAGAAGGCGUGCGCGAUCCCAGGUUCUGCUGUCUUCUCGCGAUACUUGCAUUUCGGGUCCUCGAUCGGCGCCAAGAGCGCGCUGCGCAAGAUCACCGCUGCCGAGGAGGGGGCGCAGUACAAUCUGGAAUGGCUCAACAAGGUACUCGAGGGAUUGGACAGGAAUGUGAUUCGUGGGAGGGGCGAGAGGGAUUACUUCCUCUACAUUGUCCGCCUGUGUACCCGGCUCAAGGCGCUGGUGGCUGGGAGGAGAAUCCACGAGCAGCUCGUCCAGAUGGGGAUUGCCGAGCAGCUCCCGCUCGCCAAAUUCAUCGUCCAGAUGUAUCUCAGCUGUGGGAGCCUCGAUGAGGCGCGCAAUCUCUUCGAUUUGCUGCCUUCCAAGGAUGUUGGUAUGUGGACCGCGGUGAUAGCGGCCUAUGCCAAGUAUGGGAGAUGGCAGGAAGCGAUCAAACUCUUCGAGACAAUGGAAAGUAGGACGGGUCCGGCAAAGGCGACUUACUUCGCGGUGAUGAAAUCCUUCGCCAGUGCCGAGUCUCUGGCGGGUGCCAGGCUUGUUCACAGCAGGAUAGUCGAGCUUGGGGCUGAGAACGAUGAUCUUGUCCGUGCGGCGCUGAUAGAAAUGUAUGGGAGGUGUGGCAGCUUGGAAGAGGCUUGGAGCAUCUUCAGUAGCAGUGUGGCUGGUGAUGGAGGUCCUCACAGCGUUUUGGUGUGGAACGCUAUCAUCUCAGCUUCCUUCCAGAAUGGUCAGCUCAAGGGGUCGCUGGAACUCUUUUGGAAGAUGCGAAGGCAGGGAGUGAGGCCGGAUAGCUUGACUUUGGCUACUGCUUUAGAUACCUGUGCUGCGAGUGGGAAUUUGCACGAAGGCAGGGUGGUGGCCGAGCUCGUCACCGUUUAUGGCCUCCAGAGCAACGAUCUCGUCAACUCUUCGCUGGUACAUAUGUAUGGCAAGUGUGGAAGCUUGGAUGAUGCUCGGAGAGUGUUCGACGGGAUGGCUCACAGGGGUCCGGUGGUUUGGAGCAAGAUGAUAGCCGCGUACAGCGAGCACGGCCAUUGCAGCGAAGCCUUUGUCUUGCUGAAAGAGAUGGAGUCCGCAAAGAUGGUGGCUGAUGCUAGUAGCUGCGUGGCAUUUCUGCAAGCUUGCGGGAGUCUCCUGGCUCUGGAAGCGGGGCAAGAGGUUCAUGGCUGGAUAACAAUGAAAGGCCUUGAGCAAGAUGUUUUCGUGGGCAACGCACUCGUGGACAUGUAUGGAAAGUGUGGCAGUGUUGAGGAAGCCUGGGCGGUGUUUGACAAUAUGAAGGAGAAGAACUGGUUCUCGUGGAACUUCAUGGUGGAAGCGUACUGCUCUUCAGGCUACAGCACCGAGGCUAUACAGGUGUUCUUACAGAUGCUACAGGAAGGUGUGAAGCCAAACGCCAAGACAUUUACGAGUGUCUUGGUUGCAUGCGGGCAUGCUGGUUUCAUACGAGAAGGGAUUCUCCAUCUUGUCUACAUGAGCAGUGACUACGACGUGGUUCCGAUAGCCGAGCACUAUGCCUGCGCAGUCGGCCUCCUCGGACGAUCUGGCUGGGUGAAAGAAGCCGAGGAGUAUGUCAAGAAGCUGCCAGAUGCCGAGGCUCCCGUCUGGGACGCUCUAGUUACGGCGUGCAGGAUACACGGAGAUUUGGAUCGAGGAAGAUCUGCUGCUGAAAGCUUACUGGAGUGUAGUCCACACGCGGCUAGAUCUUAUGCUGUUGUCGCUGGCCUUUACAAUGCUCUCGCAAGAUCGGAUGAUGCUGCCAGAGUCCGAGAAACAAUGACCAGCAAAGGCUUGACAGAAGAACGCGUGACAAGCUCAAUUUUGGUCGGGAAUACCACUUGUCACGAGUUCAUCACUGCUGACACAAGACACAAGAGGAUACAGGGGAUACAUGCCGAGCUAGAGGACCUGGGGCAGAGAAUAGCAAAGGAUGGCUAUGCUCCCGAUGCGAGCAAGCUGCUUAUGCACGAGAGAGCUGAAGAACAGAGACAGGAAUCGCUGUUUUAUCAUAGCGAGAGACUUGCUGUUGGCUUGGGAGCCAUCAAAAUUCGGGGAGAUUGUCCUCUCAGGAUUAUCAGGAACUUCAGGAUGUGCGCUGACUGUCACACGGCCAUCAAGUUUAUGUCCAAGGCGAUGGGCAGAACAAUCAUCUUGAGAGAUGGAAGCAGCCAGCUUCAUCGUUUCGUGGAUGGUCACUGUGCGUGCCGAGAUUAUUGGUGAUUCUACUCAGGUAUGGACUUUUACUUCUAAGCUUUAGUCGGGCUGGACUGACUUUGCAGGUCCGUUUGAGAUUUUCCUUUUGACAACUCGUGUCCAUUUUUUUGAGGCAAGACUUUUUUUAUA